AUGGACCCAAAAACGACUGCCUUUAAUAACUCCAAGAGUAAUAAUGAGCCGUCAAUAUCAAGCAGCGAAACGCAAACGCACUCAGAUACUAAAGUUCAAGUUUUGAACACCGAUAGCAACAAUAUUAAAGAAGAAACAGAAGGUGACUCUGAAGAUCUUUUAAAUAAACUUUCAAACAAGAAAACGAACAGGAAAAUACCAAACAUCGCUGAAGAAUUAGCAAAGAAUAGAAACUACGUGAAAGGUGCGUCUCCCUCUCCCGUUAUAGUUUCUACUUCCUCUUCAACUCCUCCAUCAGGGCCUCCUUCCUCCAGUACAAACUCGAUGGGAAUACCAACAAAUCGAUUUAGUAAAAAUACUAUAGAAUUAUAUCAGCAUUCACCAUCCUCUGCUAUAUCGACGGAUAAGACUGACACAGAGGAAAGAAGACAGAACAAUAGAAGUAUAGAUAAUAGAAACGCCCCAGAAAGAGGAUCUUCUUCUUUUGCUGCUAAUCAGCUAAAAAUAUCAUCCUUGUUAACUAUAUCAUCCAAUGACGAUAGCACAAGUUCGCAUAUAAGCGAUUCUAAAAGCAACAAAAAUGGCAACAAUGCUACUAUCAAUAAUAUUCCAUCGGCUUACACAGAACUCCAUACAGACGCAAACAGUGUAGAAUCGCUAAUAAAAUCCCCAAACUCUCCCAGAAAUAAAUCCCUAACCCCCAAAGUUAUUUUGCCUACGCAAAAUAUGGAUGGAUCCCUUGCAAAGGAUCCUCAUUUAGGUGAUAAUACGCCAGGGAUCCUCAUAGCAAAAACUAGUUCUCCCGUAAAUUUGGAUGUUGAAAGCACCGCACAAUCUCUAGGAAAAUUUAACAAGUCCAUUCACUCUUUGAAAGCUGCUCUAACAAAAGCUCCAGUGGAAAAAGUAUCUUUGAAACGUAGUAAUAGCUCAGUUUCAAACAGUGAUUCUAAUGUUAACUCUAGUAAAAAGCCUGCACCUGAAAAAGCUAAAAAAUCAAGUUCAGUUUCAGCAAUACUACCAAAGCCAGUGACCAAGGCAUCGAAAAAGAGUACUAGUAACAAUAACGACUCAACUAGGAAAAAAACCGCGUCGAAUAGGACUACAUCAACUAUAAAGAAAGAAUCAAAUACCAGCUCCAAGCCGAGUACUAUUAAGAAGGAGAACAGCUCUUUAUCAUCUAUUAAAGCCUCUGAGAAAGAAAAAGAUAAAAGUGGAAAUGGCACUGAUUCAAAAAACUCUACCAACGGCGUUAAAAAGGACCCAACUGCAAAAUCCCCAAAAAGACUAAUAGCUGCACCAACAGUCAACUCACCAAAAGUUCUACAAGCAACAGAAACCAAAGCAAAGGAGCCCUCAAUAUUGAUUGACAUUCCAUUGUAUCAGGCUGAUACAAACGACUACUUAGAUGAAAACGGUCAGGUUAUUUUUAAUCUCUCAACUCUAAUAAAAGAGAAAUAUCAUCCGAAAAACAAAGAACUAGCGCAACUGAAAGAUUCUAAAAGAAAUUUAUUAAUGCAAUUGUCCGAUCAAUCUAAUGGCUCACUAGAAAAGGAAAAAGAUGAAGAAUGUGAUGUAAUAGAACUUGAUGACGAUGAGGACAUGGAGGAAGACGAAGGAGAAAUAGAUACGGAAACUAACACUGUAACUACCACAAAUUCUCCGAAAAAAAAGUCACAUCCUAUGAAAGGUAAAAAUUUGAUUGGUAAAUAUGACGUUGAAGAUCCUUUCAUCGAUGAUUCAGAGUUAUUAUGGGAGGAACAACGUGCUGCCACCAAGGACGGUUUUUUUGUUUACUUUGGUCCAUUAAUCGAGAAAGGUCACUAUGCAAGUCUGGAGCGUGCAAAUGGUACCAUGAAAAGAGGUGGUGUUAAGAAUAAAUAA